AUGGACGCCCCGAACGCCGCGGAUCCUUCGCCGCUUCGCUCGCCGCGGAGGAAAUCACCGCGCAGGCCGCCGGACUGGCCUGAACUCUUGGCACAGUUGCCGGCGCCAGCGCAAGAUUGGGUCGAGGAAACUCAUCGCGUCACUCAGGGACUCUGUGAAGCGAUAGAUGCCAUCAACGCGCGGAGGUCGAGGCCCCUGCGAUUCGGCACGCCCUGUGCCGGCUUUGAGGCGCGGUACUUCGCGUUGCGUCGCUUGGGCGUGCAGAACUUUGAGCAACGCUUCGUGGUGGACGUGGGAAAACACGCCUCCAAGUUCUCCAAUAAUCUGCAGCAUGCAAAGCACAGCUGGCUUGGACCCACCCAGGGGGACCUGCUGCGCUUGGACGUCUCGAAGCUUCCUGCGGUGGAUGUGUUGAUCGCAGGACCUCCAUGCCCACCCUGGUCCUGGGCCGGGCAACGGAAGGGCUCCAAGGAUCCAAGGGCGGAGGUCUUCUGGCGAGUCAUCGACCUCAUUGCGGAGCUGGCGCGCCGGCCUGGAGACGAUGCGCUGAGGCAGGAUUGCUGUGCAGCAGGUCUUGUUUGCAGCAAGUCUCGGCACAUUUGCAAGCCGGCCCUUGGGUCCCCGUGCAAGAAUCAUUUCGUGAAGGAGAUGUUUGGAAUCAGCGAAUGUUCCAUUGGAAGCUACCAAGAAGAAGACUCUAAGCGAAAAAUCCUCUGCCAUCCAAAAUCAGGGACUGAAUCCACGUGCUGUGUGAAGAAAGGCUCGGUGCUCCCCGCCUGGAUCCCUGAAGGAAAGGGCUCCUUCUCUUUGUGCUGCACUGGGCGGGGCUACACUCACGGCAAAACCGUUGAAGGGAUGCAACUGUGGGAAAUGGCUGAGGACAUCAACGAGCACGUUUGCUACGAAAUGCCCAAAAAGUGGGUCGGUGGCAAGGGCUCUUUAGCCUGCCCCGGCCGUGGGCAAUACAUCGAGGCCCACGUCUACGACGAUGGAGGACAACCCCAGGGAACCGUUUUCCUGGAGGCUGAGCUAGUGGGCGGCAAGGCCGACCAUUUGGAGUCAGCAGCUCAAGACGAGCUCCUCAAGUACUUCAAGGUUGGUGGCAAAGAACCAAGGAAAGAAAGGACGAAAGCGAAGCCGGCAGAAGCCGCGAAGGAGGAUGAGAAGAAACUGGUGAGAAUCGCCCGACUCCAAAAGGACUUGGAGGCCUUAAAGGCAUCGGUUGGAGCUGACGAGGAUGAUGGAGAUAAGCCGAGGGGCAGAAAGAAAACCAAACGGCAGAGUGGAGACAAAGGCCCUGAUGGGCCAAAGAAGGCCUUCCGAAAGGCAGAGCUGCGUGAGGUGCCCCGCAAGGGUGAUGACGGAGAGGACGAGAGUUCCUCCUAUCGGAGUGAGGACAACGAGGAUGAAGAUGAAGAGGCCGAGAAGCGAGAUGAGAGAAAGGCCUUAAGGAAUAUCAGAGAUAAAGGGCAGCGUGCAGCCCGGCGGCAUCGCAGAGAGGAAGGUGAGCGCCGGGACAGAUCCCGUGACAGAAACAAGAGGAAAGACAAGACCAAAGGAAAGAAGAAAAAGCUCAAAGGCAAGGAUCGAGGACCCUUCGGGGUUGCACCUUCGGAAGAUUGGGACGCAAGAGGAGGAACCGUCCGAUUCUUCUGGAGAGUCGUCUUUUCAGAAGGCCCCCUCCUCGAAGUCUCACCACCUCCGGUUGGUGAGAUACGCGAAGAGGUACCCAGGGAGGUUAGCGGCCCGGCUGCUGAAGCGCAUGGAAAGCGCGACCGGGUUCGGGGGGGGGCCGAGACGAAACCUCAACAGCAAAAGGGACGGCUGCAGGCGGUGGCUCACAUGUACUUCCUGGCCAUCAUGACCCCGCACAUGAGGGACAAGUGGACGCCCCGCACACAGCGGGAGUUGAAAGUGAGCACAACGCUCCUCGACCUGAUGGUGAACGGCCAGGGGCCGGAGGCGGCCGACAUUCUCGCCCAACGCAUCAAAGCGUUGGAGAAGUCAGUGAGCGACGGAAACCAGUGGAGGAAAGCCCGCCACCUGGAGUUGGUGGAAGGCGAGGAUUCAGCCCUGGUGGACCAGGGCGAGGAGGACAUGAUGCUCAGGGAAGCCGAAAGGGAGGACAAACUGAGGUCCGGGCCCCGCUGGGGAGAGAAGGAGCCCUGGAGGAAGGGCGGCAAAGGAGGAGCAGGAGCCGACGCUUUGUGCUGCAGCAAGUUUGCUGGUCUGGGACACAACUUCUUUGUGUUCCUGCCCUGUGUUUUGACAAGCUUUGUGAUGCAGCAAGCUUGCUGGUCUUGUGAUGCACCACACUUGCUGGUCUGGAAAUAA